UUAAUUGUUAUUUGUUUUGCAUGCAGGAAGAUAGAACAAAUACUAUCUCUCAUAUGAAUGCCAUAGUUGAGUCAAGCAGGGGGAAUCCUGUUGUGGCUCAAAUUAUGGAGAACAAGGAGCCAUCUCAAUUUUUUUCAAUUUUACAGACAUUAAUUGUUUUUAAGGGAGACAGGAGUCAACGAUACAAGAAGUUUGUGGCAGAAAAGGGUAUUGCAGAUGAAACUUAUGAUGAAAGCAAGACAGCUCUUUUUCGUGUUCAAGGGACGAGUCCUAACGACAAGCAGGCCAUCUAAGUUGA